AUGGAUUUCUUCAACGAUCUGCCAUGGCGCCCGGCGAUCGGUGAUGAUUCCAAUGAAUGCAAACGAUGCGAAUGCAAUGGUCAUGCGGCCAGAUGCCAUUUCGAUCGUGCUGUAUACCAAGCCUCUGGUUUUGUGUCGGGCGGCGUCUGCGAUGAAUGCAUGCACAACACACAGGGCAAAAAUUGUGAGCAGUGCAAGCCGUAUUUUUAUCGUAAUCCAGACCGACCAAUUACCGACCCCUAUGUUUGUUUGCCCUGCGAAUGCGACAAGAAUGGUUCUUUGAACGACGGGAUAUGUGAAGGGGAGGAGGACGCGGAACGAGGCCUUGUGGCUGGCAAGUGCUAUUGCAAGCCGAACGUAGACGGAUCACGGUGUGAUCGUUGUAAAAAUGGAUUUUGGAUGCUUUCGGCUGACGAUCCAAAUGGCUGUCGUCCGUGCACAUGUCAUCUGUUGGGCACGUUCAAUAACGAGGGCUGCAACAAACGAACCGGCGAAUGCCUCUGCAAGCGAUUGGUCACCGGCGAUGCUUGCGACAAAUGUUUGCCCGAGCAUUAUGGAUUAAGCGAAGAUCCGGAAGGAUGUCGGCCGUGUGACUGUGAUCUUGGCGGCUCUGUUGAUAAUGACUGUGAUGUUAUCACCGGGCAGUGUAAGUGCAGAAAGAACUUCAGUGGACGACGAUGUGACACUGCCGAAAGUGCAUAUUACUGCCCACAUAUUGAUCAUUAUACGUUGGAAGCCGAAGAGGCAGAAAUUACGGAUGGGCAGAUCGAAUCCAGAGAGCUUCCAGCUGCAGAGCGAGAACGCACGUGGACAGGCGAUGGUUUUGUUAGGGCCGGCGAGCACACUCAGUUCGUGUUUAGAGUUGAAAAUUUGGCACAAAGUAUGCAUUACAGCAUUGUCAUACGAUAUGAACCACCACCGGAUGGCAUCGGUUGGGAGAAUGUACAACUUACAAUUGUGCGUCCCUCAGAUCCAUCACCGGAUGGAGUGUGCAAAAAUCUUUCGCCUUCCGAUGAUUUUUUGAUUGCGCGUCUUCACCCAGGCGCACGUUAUGUCGAGGUCAGUGAUGUCGUGUGA